AUGAAGGACGAAACAGAAACCUUGAGAGAUACCCCCGAUGGCUCGACUGCCGGUGACGAGUCGAAGGCUAGUCUUGCUUCAAAGGAUCGAAAAUGCCAGUACUGCCAGCAGGCCUUUACUUCCUCAUCACUCGGUCGACACCUUGACCAAUUCCUUUUUAAAAAGAAACCCGACGGAAUUCACGAUGUCGAAGAGAUCAGAAGAAUUCGCAGCGGAAUCACCCGGCGCCAGGCUCGAACAUCUACAGGGAAGCACGAGAGCAGUCCUGAACGAAGCCAGAAAAAGGGAACUUCAGAGCCGUUUGCGGCCGCAGACUCGGGGUCGAAGUCGCGCGAGGCUCCGGUGCGCAUGAUGUUUAACACACCCACCUGGCACGCGACUGGAGUGAUCAAUGACAUUCCCAACCCCAGUCGCGUGCCGGAUGGCCCUCGAAUUGCGCCAUCGCAGUCUCGGACAGGGUCGUUGCAGCUGCCGGACUAUGCCAGUAGAGGUGCUAGCUCCACCAACCCGGAUACGAUGCGGGCAUUGGAGCUCGCACUGCGCGAGGUGCUUGACAAUAUCAAAGCUGCGAGCUCUCGUAACCGACCUCGGCUGUCUCCAUUCGACUUCGACAUGCAAGCUCAGACCUUCCCCUCCAUGUGUCUGCAGCUGCUGCCUCCUCCACCAAGCCUGUUUGCAACACAUCCGUUUUCCUCGUCUACGUCGUUUCCCCUCCAGCCUCCCGGCGCCGAGCACCUCGAUAUAGUCCGCCAAGCCCUUCGCUCCAAGGUCGCCCAAUGGCAGACCGACCAACUCACAGUAGACUCGACUGCUGUGCCGCACGUGAGACAUGGGAAUAGCGGGGUGGAUCCAAAUAUGAUAUACCGGAGCGCACAACAGCAUGAGGAUAUCAGUUUCCGACACUUAGAAUUGGCCUUCAAUCAUUGGAAUUCUCUGGCCCACGAGACCCGUCGCGACGCGUGGCAAUUGGAGAUCACACGUGCAUUUGCGCGAGAGGUAGAGAAACGCAAGACCUCAGACGAGCAACUCGCUCGAGUGCAACAGGAAGCAAACCAGCUGCGUGCACAGGUCGAGCGCCUCGGGUCAUGCCAAUGGCCUCGCGAGUUCGCACUAUUUCCCCCAGAUACGCUCCCCCUGCCACGGGAGGUAGCACGGGAAUUAGACGCACAAGAAAGCCACAUCAGUGCCGACUCUACGCGAUGGGACUACGAUAGCGUGGUCGCCAAAUGGAAACGCGUUGUGAUGCACGACAAGGGCAUGGGUCGGGUCGGGGUUGGUUAUGGAAAUCCCAGUCCUCUGGGUGAUCCAGACCAAAGUCAGUCUCACCAAAGCCCUGAUGUCCGGCCCCCACGCCCGGGUGAAGACACCACCUCUCAUCCGAACCGCCUGCGCCCCUUGCAAUCUGCUACGGCUUUGAGCCCAGACGCUGCAGCUGCCUCCACCCCUGCUUCAUCAACCCACUACGCUUCACCCCACUCCUUUGCAGAUCCUCGCAGCCCGCCCGCUGGCGGUCUACCGGGCGGCAUGCCCCAGGUUAGUGGGCUGCCUCCGGCUAAGCGACAGCGCCUCAUGAAUGGCUCAGAUGACCCAUCUGGUCCUUCGUCCGAUCCUGGCCAUGCUCCGCCUUCUGCAGCAGGUAAACCUUGGGGAUCUUCCACACCUCAUUUGUCCAAUCUUGCUGCACCCUCGGGGCAGACGCCCCCGUCUUCGUCCUCCAGGAAUUGA